UCCACAUGAAGUCCCGACUUUCCUGCCAGAACUUUCGUCGGUACAAUGCGCCCUCCAUCGUGGGGAGGCAGCCGUCCUCACCCUCUCCCCCUUCUCCUUCUCCUUCCCCGCCUCCUCCGCCGCCGAAAUCACGUCGAUGGGUGCAGCUGGUCCUCAUAACAGCCGCUGCCGGCGGGAUUGGCGCAUACAUUAGAUCAGAACAGGGUUCCCGCUCAUCGACUCUGACUCCCACUCAAUUUACUCCAUAUUAUCUAGUGUCUCGGGAACCUGUGUCAUCGUCCGGGAGCAUUUUCACUCUACAGCCACCUAAGGUGGACGGAAGCAACCACGCCGUUUACGAGAAAGCAUGGACAACAGGUAUUUGGAGUGUGAUGUUCAAACAGCCCCAGCUGCAGAUCGGAAGAGAUUACACUCCUCUUCCAUUGACCUCUCCAGAAGAGGAGGAGGACGAAUGCUUGCGAUUCUUCAUCCGACGGGAUCCCCAUGGCGAAGUUUCCCGCUACCUACAUAGCCUCGAUAUAGGCUCUCCCAUCGAGGUGCGCGGCCCGAGAAGUGAAUGCGGGAUCCCACCGGACACUCAGCAGAUUCUCUUCAUCGCUGGUGGUACCGGGAUUGCCCCGGCAUUACAGGCCGCACACUCUCUUCUCCGACGCACAGACCAGACUCGCAAACCUAGAAUUCAUAUCCUCUGGGCUAAUCGCAAACGUGACGAUUGUGUUGGGGGGGUCAGUGAUACAGUAGUAGCUCCAUCUCCGCAGAGAUCAUGGCUCUUCGGCCGUUCAGCUGCAUCAACGGCCAGCUCAGCUCCGGUCGCGCCCAUCCCUAGAGAAAGCCGUUCUCUCAUUGUUCGAGAGCUGGAGGCUCUCCAAGCACAAUAUCCUGGGCAAAUGACCGUAGAUUAUUUUGUCGAUGAAGAAGGCAAUGCAAUUGGCAAGCAAGCGAUAUUGAGUUUCACCAAUACAACCGAAUCAUCGUCUCGCAACCCGGGCCAAGAGAAUCUGAUCCUUGUGUCUGGUCCGGAGGGUUUCAUCAGCCAUAUGGCAGGACCUAAGCUGUGGGCUGAGGGAAUGGAAUUGCAGGGACCACUCCGGGGGAUCAUUAAAGAGCUGAACCUAAAGGACUGGGCAGUUUGGAAGCUUUGA